CUUAGAUUAACUGCAGAAACGUCGCUCAAAAUGAAUAAGAAUAGUUGUUUAUUGUAGAAAUGUUCUUUUGUCCUGAGUCAGUGACACAGAACUAAAUAUUCAACAUGGAUACUAAUAAUGUUAUAACUUUUCACAAGUUUGGUGUAUUUGAUGAUUUAGAUCAACAAAAUAAAGUAUGUGUUAAAAAAGAAUAUUGUCAUGUUGACAAUAUUGAAACAUGCUAUCAGUGUAAUUUGUGUGAAGAAGAAUUUAUGUCAGAAACUGAUUUAGUAAAGCACUGUAAAAAACAUGUUAAAGAAGAGAAAAUAGAUGAUGUAGAUGAAUAUUAUCAUGUUAAAGAAGAGAAAACUGAUGAUGUAGAUGAAUAUUGUCAUGUUAAAGAAGAGAAAACUGAUGAUGUAGAUGAAUAUUGUCAUGUUAAAGAAGAGAAAACUGAUGAUGUAGAUGAAUAUUGCUGGGUUAAAGAAGAGAAAACUGAAGAUAUUGAAACUGUUUAUCAGUGUAAUUUAUGUGAUGAAAAAUUUAAAUCGGAUACUGAUUUAGAAAAACACUGUGAAGUACAUCAUAGUAGUGAAUUGAAAGCAUGUAGUGAUGUAGGCCUACAAUCAGCUGACAGUCAAGGUAGUGAUGUAGGCCUACAGAUAACUGACUGUCACUGUGGUAUAGGCCUACAAUGUGAUGUUUGUAGUAAUGGUAAUCGACAGAGACACAUGCAAAUUUAUACAAGAGCAAAACCUUAUAAAUGUGAUGUUUGUGGUAAAUCAUUCACACGUCAUGGAACCUUAAAAGUUCACUUGAGAAUUCAUACCGGAGUGAAACCCCAUAGAUGUGAUGUUUGUAGUAAAUCAUUUACUGAAAUUAGUGGUCUACAUUUACACACUAAAAUUCAUACUGGUGAAAAAUCCUAUCGAUGUGAUGUUUGUGGUAAAUCAUUUACACAUAACAGUAACCUACAUUCCCACAUGAGAAUUCAUACCGGUGAAAAACCUUAUAAAUGUGAUGUUUGUGGUAAAUCAUUUGCACAGAGGGGAAGCCUACAGUCACACAUGAGAAUUCAUACUGGAGUGAAAUGUUUUAAAUGUGAUGUUUGUUGUCAAUCAUUUACACAGCGUGGCACUCUACAGUCACACUUUAGAACCCAUACAGGUGAAAAACCUUAUAAAUGUGAUGUUUGUAGUAAAUCAUUCACCCAUUUUGGAACUCUACAUAAUCACAUGGUAACACAUAAUGAAGAGAAACCUUAUAAAUGUGAUGUUUGUAGUAAAUCAUUCACACGUCAUGGAACUUUAAAAAGACACAAAAAGUCAUGCUGGGGAAAAUCCAUAUCAAUGUGAUCCUACAGAAAUCACCAAAAUCAUUCACCCAUUGUGAAAAACUAUAGACGCACAUAAAAACCCAUACUAGAGCGAAAUCCUAUAGUAAAUCAUUCACACGCAUUGCCAUUUAAAGUUGCAAUUUCAUAUUUUUAAGUUAUAUUUUUAAAAUUUAUUAAAAUAAAGCCUUAAAAUAGAUGGUAUCCAUAAACAGUCCUACCUUGUUAAAGAACAAUCCUAUUAAUCCUAUAAUUCACUAUUGCCAGUUGAGAAAUUGGCAAAAAUAUCAUUUUCAACUUCCAAUUCAAACGUUUGAAGAUAGCUAUUCCAUUGGGGGGAAUAGGAAAACAAGGGAGGUAAUUGUGUUAUUUUUUCCGGUGUCAAUGAAUUUUAAGUGUGGGAAAUAAAGCCUAUGAUCGUAUAAUAGUGAGUUGACAACCUAUUGAGCAAAAGACAUAGAAAUAAUUAUGUUUUGACUUUCUUAGAAAAUAUGAAAUUCUCGCUUUAAAGAGAGAAAUGGGGUUAACGUCUACUCGACAAACCAGGACUAACAUAUGAUUCAAUUUUAUUUCAACAAUUUGCUUGCACAUACAUUGUAGGUUUUUUUUUAGCAGUGGUGGAAACCGGAUGUCCCAGAGAAAACCCACGAGGUUAGACGGGUGACCUCACACCUUGUCACGUACAGGUGGGGAAUCGAGACUCCACCACCUGAUUCAAUGAAAGAACUUCUGAUCUAAUUUACACGCCUUAACCAUCCCCUUCCCAUCUCCCCCGCCAUUUAAAAUGAGAUUAUUCAGCAGCUACUUUCUGCUAAUACUACACUGCAUGAUGCAUGAUAUUAAGGACCAGUUGACUUAAGGAGUAAUAAAAAAGACAACAUAAAUAUAUAUGAACCUGUAAUCACAUGAAAUAUAGAUAUACAUGAACCUGUAAUCGCAUGAAAUAUAGAUAUACAUGAACCUUUAAUCACAUGAAAUAUAGAUAUAUAUGAACCUGUAAUCACAUGAAAUAUAGAUAUAUAUAUA